GAGCAACUAGAUAUUUAUUGCUAAAUUGCAUUCUUCAAUUAUUGCAUUAAUUUUCUGGGACAAUAGAACGGUUUUUAUUUUUUUUACUCAAAAAUGGCGCACAAUCACUCCCGGCACUCGCUCUGAGGCACCAGCGAAUGAGUAGCCUAGUCAUGUUCGCGCCUUGCAAAUCCUUUGUCGCGGGACAAAAAAACGACAACAAACGGGGACAACGCACGAACGCGACGUGAAGCCGCAAAGAAUACGGGAAUGGGAUCCACAUUCAUGGGUCGCGGGUAGUUCGCGCGGAAGUCUGGAGAGGGCAUAUAUGUUUGGCGGGAUUCAUGCUAGUGUGGCAUUUAAGAUUUAGGGUUUCUUUCAUCUGUGUUUAUCAUCUCUAGCCAUCGACUUAGACUGAUAAUAUUAUGGCAACACUGUAACAUAUUUUGAUGGAAUCGCCACUUCAUGGGAAAUCUAGUACAUUUUUAAAUUUUUCCUCAUCCUCAUCUCUAGUGAAUUGUCGGACGGUGCGCAUAACUAACCUCCAAAAUUGUAAUGUAAACGUUUGGAAAGCAAAGACACGUGUUUUGAUUUCUGAAAAUGGAAAACAACGAGGAAUUGCAUAAAGAGAAAAAGAAGAAAAAGAUGAAGCCAGAAAAGAUCUCCGAAAUCCAGCAGCAAUCAAAUUUUGCUGUACAACCAUCGGAGAAAUUGGUGAAAUUAGAUACGUCUCAAUGGCCCCUUUUGCUGAAGUAUUUCGAUCGUUUAAAUGUAAGAACAAACCACUACGUUCCAAUACCAUGUGGCUCGUCACCCUUAAAAAGAGAACUCACAGAUUAUGUGAAGUCUGGCUACAUCAAUUUAGAUAAACCUAGCAAUCCUAGUAGCCAUGAAGUUGUGGCUUGGGUGAAACGGAUCCUCAAAGUUGAGAAAACAGGACAUUCUGGAACCUUGGACCCUAAAACCACUGGUUGUUUAAUUGUAUGCAUUGAGAGAACCACAAGAUUAGCGAAGUCCCAGCAAGCUGCAGGAAAAGAGUAUGUUACAGUAUUUAAGUUACAUUCAGCGGUCGACUCUGUAAAAAAAGUUGUCCAGGGCCUGGAAAAGUUAAAAGGGGCUUUAUUCCAGAGGCCUCCACUUAUAUCAGCUGUCAAAAGACAACUGAGAGUGAGAACAGUGUAUGAUAGCAAAUUGUUUGACUAUGAUGAAAGUAGAAAUAUGGGUGUAUUUUGGGUAAAAUGCGAGGCAGGCAGUUACAUCCGAACAAUGUGUGUCCACUUGGGACUGGUUCUAGGCGUUGGUGGGCAAAUGUUAGAAUUACGGCGGGUGCGUUCUGGUAUUCAGAAUGAAAUGGAUGAUCCUUCAACGUUACACGACGUUUUGGACGCCCAGUGGCUCUACGAAAACCACAAGGAUGAAAGCUACCUCAGGAGGGUUAUCAAACCCCUUGAAGGCCUGCUUGUUGGCCAUAAAAGGAUCAUUAUGAAAGACAGCUCGGUAAAUGCAGUAUGUUAUGGCGCUAAAAUCCUUCUACCUGGUGUUCUCAGAUACGAGGACAACAUAGAAUUGAAUGAAGAAAUAGUUAUAGUAACAACGAAGGGAGAAGCGGUAGCAUUGGCUAUAGCUCAAAUGACCACAGCUACUAUGGCCAGUUGUGAUCAUGGUGUAGUUGCAAAAAUCAAAAGGGUAAUAAUGGAAAGAGAUACCUAUCCGAGAAAAUGGGGGUUAGGCCCUAGGGCAAGUCAGAAAAAAAUUCUGAUUGCCAAAGGUCAGCUCGACAAACACGGAAAACCAAACGAAUCAACGCCCAAAGAAUGGUUGAAUAGUUACGUUGAUUAUUCUGCGGCAAAGACGGAAGCUGCAGAAGAGAAAUCAGCAGAGGAUGAGGAAUCUAAGAAGAGGAAGCUGAGUGCUGCAUUCAGCACAUCAUCAGAAAAUACAGAACAAGCAGAUCAAACGUCUGAAAAGAAAAGGAAGAAAAAAAAGAAAAAGCACGAUGAUGAAGGUAAUACCGAAACUGGUGAUACUGCAGAUUCUACAGUUGCUGAUGCAGCUGAUUCUACUGGUGAUGGAGAGGUUAAGAAGAAGAAAAAGAAGAAGAAAGACAAAUCAAAGGACGUAGAAGAGGAAGAAGCGUAAAGUAUAUGAUAGUGUUUUUGUUGAAGUUUAUUUUUUAUAAUAAUUGUGACCUCAGUUGUUUCUCUUAUAUAAAAUAAGUGAUUUUUCUACCGUUUUUUGCGUUCUUCCUUUACUAUGUAAAUAUAAGGUUAAUAAAACUUGAAAACAAU